AAAAAGUGUCCUGUUUUAGGUAAAGAGAAUACAAUUCGACGGUUCACGGGUGAACUACCGCCGUCAAUGCCCAUGCAGGGUAGGUAUAUAUACCCGCUACAGAGCAGUAGGCCAGAGUAACCAAGCUCCGUCGUUGAGUAGUGUAGAAAACCUCUGUUACAUUUUCGGAUUAAUUGGACUAAUUUAACUGGAGGAUUAAGUGAAUAACUGACAUCCACCUCUCGUUUUUUGGGGUCCAGGAUGCCUCGACGGUCUAAAAGAAAGGAGAGGCGAUCCCGACAUGAAGAUCCCGACGACUACGAUUACACGUAUGACAACGCUUACAGUGGACCCCAGUACCCGAGCUACCAUACACCCGACUAUAACGGUUAUGGAGGCACCUUAAAAGGAACCUCUUUCAAAACGUGGGAUCCCUUGAAACAUCAGGACAAUUUUCGCCAUGACACUUUCCCUAACAUGUUUGGUACCUGGAGGUCAAGGUCGGAUGAGCGGAUCAAGGACUCCAGCAGCGGAUCGUCCCGAAGGUCAAGAAAGAACUUGCCCCUUAUCAUUAGUGUGGUCGUUGCUAUGGUUGCCGUGCUCGUCAUCAUCGGAGUGGCACUUGGGUUGUUAGUUUUCACGAGCGAUUCGUCUCCAUCAAAGACCAACACGGGUUCACCAGAGCAUGAAGUCCAGUCAACCUGUAUUGGAGGACUACUUUUGGGAGUCCGCAAAAUGUUCCCUAAUUACUAG